UCUGGGGAGACUGGAUAUAGUGAAUGCAGGGUCCGGGAGAGAGCGGAUAUAGUGAAUGCAGGGUCCGGGGAGAGCGGAUAUAGUGAAUGCAGGGUCCCGGGAGACCAGAUAUAGUGAAUGCAGGGUCCGGGGAGAGCGGAUAUAGUGAAUGCAGGGUCCGGGGAGAGCGAAUAUAGUGAAUGCAGGGUCCGGGGAGACCAGAUAUAGUGAAUGCAGGGUCCGGGGAGACCAGAUAUAGUGAAUGCAGGGUCCGGGGAGAGCGGAUAUAGUGAAUGCAGGGGUCCGGGGAGAGCGGAUAUAGUGAAUGCAGGGUCCGGGGAGACCAGAUAUAGUGAAUGCAGGGUCCGGGGAGAGCGGAUAUAGUGAAUGCA